AUGGGUUUUGAUGCCGUUAUGAUUUCUCCGAUUAUCCAAAAUAUUGACGGUCGGGUUUCCUACGGCGAAGCCUACCAUGGAUACUGGCCGUUGGACCUUUAUUCUCUCAACUCACACUUCGGAACCUCCCAAGACUUGCUAGACCUGAGUAAUGCGCUUCAUUCUCGCGGCAUGUAUUUGCUGAUGGACACGGUCAUUAACAACAUGGCGUACAUUACCAACGGUAGUGACCCUGCCACGCACAUCGACUACUCGGUCUUCAAGCCUUUCGACAACGCAAACUAUUUUCAUCCGUACUGCAAGAUCACGAACUGGGAGAACUUCACCGAUGCGCAACUUUGUCAAACAGGUGAUUUGGAAGUUGCUCUGCCGGACCUCUUCACUGAACACUAUGAUGUCGAACAAUUUAUGGAGAGCUGGGCAAAGGACACGAUGGAAAAAUAUUCGAUUGAUGGACUGCGCAUUGAUGCUGCCAAACAUGUCAAUCCAGGCUUUCUGAGUAACUUUGGAAAUGCUGUGGACACGUUUAUGACGGGAGAAGUUCUUGAGUCAGAGGUGGAUAUCAUUUGUGACUAUCAAACCAACUACAUUGGGAGUUUGCCCAACUAUCCCAUCUACUUCGCCAUGCUGAAGGCAUUCACAGAAGGGAACACCAGUCUUCUCGUGAAUACAGUGGAAGUGAUGAAACUCGCGUGCCCCGAUGUCACUGCCCUGGUCUCUUUCUCUGAAAACCAUGAUGUUCAAAGAAUUGCUAACAUGACGGAGGAUAUCUCACUCGCGAAGAAUAUUGUGACCUUCACCCUUUUGUUCGACGGCGUUCCGAUGAUUUAUCAAGGCCAAGAACAACACUUCAACGGUUCAGGCACCCCGUGGAACCGAGAAGCAUUGUGGCUAUCUGGUUACAAUACUGGCACCGAACUCUACAAACUCAUCGCGACGAUGAAUGGCAUCCGAAAACACGCCUGUACUCUGAACGCGGAUUACGUUGACACCAAAACGCAUUCCAUCUUCUGGAGUGGAAGUGAGAUGGCUUUCUCCAAGGGUGUCGAGGGACGGCAGCUCAUAAUGCUUCUAAACAAUCAAGGCAUACAAGGCAAACCCUACACCCUCACAUUACCCGUCACCUAUAAUGCUGGCAUUGAGGUGACCGAUGUUGUGAGUUGCCAAACCUACUGGGUCAAUAACUUAGGACAGCUCCUUGUCGAUAUGGACAAAGGAGAGCCCCGGGUUUUUUUCCCUACUCAGUUGAUGGGCGGCAGUGGCCUAUGUGGUUACUCUUCACAGAAUAUUUCCUAUGCUGAACUCGUAACGGGGCAUUCUCUAGGGGCCAAGACUAAAGGAGGCGCCAGGCAAACCCUUUUGCUGGCACUCUUUCUGGGCUUACUAGGCAACCUUUGA